AUGGUUCCUUUCUUAGUAACAAACGACAGUUUAGUAUAUCCCAUUCUUGGAUACAAUGUUAUUGAAGAACUAAUCAAGCCGAUGAAUACAUCUGAUAUUCAGUCAGCACAUAUUGCUACAGUACAAUCUAGUUUUCAAGGUUUUGAUGAGAAAGUGUUACUCGAAUUGGUUAGACUGAUACAGACAGCAAGAGCAAAUGAACUGUGCACGAUUAAGAGCCCAAAGAAAGAUUUUGUUAUUCCGGCAAAGAAAACAUUUAAGGUUAACUGUCGAGCGAAUACUGGACAGGUAGAAGAAACUACACUUGUAUUGUUUGAACCGGACGAAUUAACGCCCUGGCCAGACGGUUUAUCGGUGCACGAAACGGUAACAACAGUGAAACAAGGCUCAACGUCUCAAGUAAAGAUAGAUGUGACUAAUACAACUAAUCAUGACAUUGUCGUGCAUAAACACACAGUAUUAGGAAGUCUUCAGUUAAUUAAAUCGAUUACACGUGUAGACGUGAAGUUGGCAGAAAAGUCAAGCAAAGAGAAAGAACGAACAGUAACAGCCACACAAUCCCAAGUGAAUGCAAUGGCGAAAGAAACUCGAGAAAGAGACAAUACAAAUGAUGACCAAUUUUUACCUGAAGUUGACCUUAGUGGAUUAACAGAACGUCAACGUCAAGUAGUUACUAACAUGUUGAAGGACGAAUGUCACUCUUUUGCAAGAAAUGAUGAGGAUAUCGGUUAUAUCAAAGAUCUAGAACUAGAAAUAAAUUUGACAACAAACGAACCAGUGCAAAAGAACUAUGUAUCGGUACCAAGACCUCUCUACCCCGAAGUAAAACAGUACAUUGAAGAUUUGUUAAAUAACGAGUUUAUAAGAGAGUCAAAAUCAGCUUAUUCAUCCCCAGUAGUAUGUAUUCGCAAAAAGGAUGGAACUCUGCGACUUUGUGUCGAUUAUAGAGAACUUAACCGUAAGACAGUGCCAGAUAGGCAUCCUAUUCCGCGCGUCCAAGAAACUCUCGAUAGUUUAGGUGGUAACGCUUGGUUUAGUGUAUUGGAUCAGGGUAAGGCGUAUCAUCAAGGAUUUGAGAAACCAUCCUGCCGACCGUUAACAGCAUUUGUGACACCCUGGGGGUUAUAUGAAUGGGUAAGAAUUCCAAUCGGUCUUAUGAACGCCCCAGCAAGUUUUCGGAGGUUCAUGGAACAGUGUUUAGGAGCAUUACGUGAUGAAAUUACCAUUCCUUAUUUGGAUGAUGUGAUUGUAUUUAGUAGAACAUUCGACGAACAUGUCGAACACUUACGAACAGUUUUACGUCGCCUAAGAGAACACGGUGUCAAAUUAAAGCAAAGAAAAUGUAAAUUGUUCAAACGUGAAGUCACAUUCCUCGGUCGAAUAGUGUCGAAAGAUGGAUACAAAAUGGAUCCCGAGAACAUUAACGCAGUUGCGAGUCUAAAGAACGGUACUCCUCAUACAAUAGGAGAUCUUCGGAAAAUGCUUGGAUUACUCAGUUACUAUCGUCGUUAUGUACCCAAUUUCGCGCGAAAGGCUAAACCAUUAUACGACCUUGUUACACAAGCAGCAACAACAGACCCGUGUCAUGAUCAAGAGAAAGGUAACAAAAACAACAGAAAGAAAGGUCAAGUGCCAUCAUCAUUCAAAAUCGCGUGGGCUGAGAUACAUCAGACUGUGUUUGAGAAACUCAUUGACCAUCUGAUAACACCUCCGGUUAUGGCAUAUCCAGAUUAUCAAAAACCCUACAUCGUGCACACUGAUGCCUCGAAAGACGGUCUAGGUGCUGUCUUAUACCAGGAACAGGAAGAGACAAUGCGAGUCAUUGCGUACGCCUCUCGGAGUGUGACGAAUGCAGAAAAGAACUAUCACCUCCAUGCAGGAAAAUUAGAAUUUCUGGCACUCAAAUGGGCAAUCACCGACCACUUCCGUGAUUAUUUAUAUUACGCGCCUGAAUUUACGGUUUAUACCGAUAACAAUCCAUUAACAUACGUUUUAACAUCUGCACGACUUAAUGCCACAGGCUUAAGAUGGAUUGGAGAACUGGCCGACUUUAAGUUCAACAUCCGUUAUCGUCCAGGAAAACUCAAUGGAGACGCCGAUGCAUUGUCCAGAAUGCCUAUGAAUAUUGACGAUUAUAUGAAAACAUGCAGUGAAGAGGUUAAUCGCGACGCUUUCCAAGCGACUGUUUGUGGAGCAAAAGUACAGGUCGAGCAGUUUCAAACACCUUUGCUCUUUCCUCCUGAGAUUACUCGAGCGGAUGUUAGUUUAAACCAAGCAUCUAUAAAUUUGAAGACAGCACAGAAUGACGACGCAUAUAUUGACCGCGUCAUAACACUUAAAAUAGCGAACACGUAUUUGUCUCCUCAUGAAAGAAAGCAGGAAAGCCAUACUGUACAGCAGCUGUUAAGAGAAUGGAAUAAGUUAAAAGUGGGGACUGAUGGAGUUCUGUACCGACUAGCAGGAACAGUCCGUCAAGUUGUCCUACCUGGACGUCUACGUCAACAAGUUUAUAAAGAGUUGCAUGAAGAGAUGGGUCAUUUGGGUUCUGAACGCGUCAUUGACUUGGCUCGAGAACGAUUUUUUUGGCCUCACAUGAAACAAGAUAUAACUCACUUCGUCACGAAAGUUUGUCAUUGCUUAAGGAGUCGGAAACCCGUAAGAAACCAACGUGAACUAUUACAUCCAAUCGUAACCACCGCACCCUUCCAAAUGGUUUCUAUCGACUACCUUCACCUCGAAACAAGCGUAGGAGGCUAUCAAUACAUCCUGGUUGUUAUGGACCACUUUACGAGGUAUGCUCAAGCUUACGCGACUCGUGACAAAUCAGCCAAGACCGCUGCAGACAAGCUCUAUAACGACUUUAUCUUGCGCUAUGGCUUCCCUGAGAGGAUACACCACGACCAAGGUGCUGAGUUCGAGAAUAAACUUUUCUUUAACCUGGAAAAAGUAAGCGGAAUUAAACACUCUCGGACAACCCCUUAUCACCCCGAAGGUAAUGGGCAAGUUGAACGAUUUAAUAGAACGCUCUUGUCAAUGCUUCGGUCCUUGCCAGAAAAAUACAAAAGUCGUUGGCGUGAUCAUCUCCAGAAAGUCGUACAUGCAUUCAAUUGUACCAGAAAUGACGCGACAGGAUACUCCCCAUUCCUCCUACUCUUUGGCAGACCCCCGCGAUUGCCAAUUGACCUUAUGUAUGGUCUGAAACCCCCACCUGGCCAUAGCACUUAUCCUGAAUAUGUCAAGAAAUGGCGAGAAUCGAUGUCCGAAGCAUACCAACUUGCAUCUGAAAAGGCAGAAAAGAACGCUACGAGUGGGAAAGUGCAAUAUGACAAGAAAGCUAAGAGUACGAGUCUACAACCCGGUGAUCGUGUGUUAAUACGAAAUGUGAAAGAAAGGGGUGGUCCCGGCAAGUUACGGUCGUAUUGGGAAGACAAAGUUUACAAAAUCGUGCGUCAGAAAUCAAAUGAGAUUCCCGUGUAUGAAGUCAUUCCUGAGAGUGGCGGGGAGAAGACAAGAGUACUGCAUAGGAACAUGCUAUUUCCAUGUACGUAUCUUCCUGUGGAGAAUCCUAUUGUGAAACCAGCUCAGUUAAAAAAGAAAAAGAAGAGUGAGAAGGAGAAACAGGUCACACAAGAUUAUCUGACAGAUAGUGAAGACGAGUUCGAGAUUGCUACGUUUGCACCUGAAUUAACGCGGACAGACCCAGAGGAUGAAUUCGUGCCAGUGUCGGUUGAAAAUGAAGCCCAGCAGAGUGUUGAGGAAGCUGUACAAGAAGGUGCCACACCAGAAGAACUAGCUGAAGAGAGUCAAGCGGCGACUGGUACCACGGUAGCAGCGGAGGCUGAGACACAAGUUGAUUCACACCCAGUUAGUUCACAACGAGUACGACGACCACCAACCAGACUGGGAUAUGGCAAUUUGGGCCAACCAACGGAACAUUGGACCAGUAUUAACGCGGUACAUGCACCUGCCACAAACAACAUGUAUCUACACCAAUACCCUGUGCUCCCGACACCUCCAAUACCGUUCUUUCCCCCAAUACUUCCUAUGUCAUUACCUGUAUUUCCAUUAUAUUGGUCAAGUUGGCAAGGACCAAUUAUGCCAUCAAACAUAUGGUGUUAG